AAUGUGUUAGAACUGAGUCUUCAAAUUCCGGUGCGCUCGGCGAGAGAGAAUCGCUUAAUUUUAAUAUCGAAAGCUUCUUUUUGCAUUUGCCAAAUGCUAUUUUGACAGUUCCAAAUUAACUUUCAAGCCCAACGGAUCGCGUCGCACUCGCCGCAGCCUUCGAAGCGAACGCAUUGAGAUCAACGCCCCUUCCCCCAGCCAGCCAGACAGACAGACAGAUCGUCAGAGACAGCCACAUAUAUCGCAUAUAUACAGGGUAUUUAGAGCGUACGAUGUAUUCGCGUCAUCAGAGUCGGAGUCGCAUGUCUUCCAAGCCUCGUCUGAUCCAGCUCCAGCUCCGGCUCCGGCUGCUACUCUCGCUGCUGCUGCUGCUGCUGCCAAUGGGAACCGCAGGUCCUGCCGCGCCGGCUCACACCAUCUACUAUCGCAAUCAGCCGCCCGAUGCGGCCGGACACUACGACUUUGAGUUCCAGACCUCGAAUGGCAUCACCACAAAGGCGGCGGGCAACGAGAAUGGCGCCGUGGGCGUGGUCCAGUAUGUAUCGCUGGAGGGUCUGCCCGUUACCUUCACGUAUGUGGCCGAUGACAAUGGCUAUCAGCCCAGCGGUGACCAUGCCCCAAAGCAUCUGGGGCGCCAGCUGGAGUACAUCCGGACGCAUCCGGCGGUGGAUGAGGCGCAAUCGAGACGUUGGUAAAGCUCAAUUUGGGCUCUUAAAUAUGUAUUUAUAUAUGUACAUAUAUCUGUGUGUAU